ACGUUCGGCGGCGGCUGCGGAGCGAUGGCGGCGCCGCUGGCGGCUCCGGGCGGCGCCGGGGCCGGGCCCGGGCCCGCGGCUGGGGCGGCGCGGGGCGGGCGCGGCCCGGCGCUGCGUGAGGGGGCGCGGGUGUCGGCGCUGUGCCUCGCCUGGUACGGGCUGAGCGCCGGCGGCAACGUGGUCAACAAGCUGCUGCUCGGCGGCUUCCCGCGGCCCGUCACCGUCUCGCUGUUCCACAUCCUGGGGCUGUGCGGGCUGCUGCCGCCGCUGCUCCGCGCCUGGCGCGUCCCGCCCGCCGGCCCCGCGCAGCUGCCGCCCCGCGCCUACCCCCGCUACAUCCUGCCGCUCGCCUUCGGCAAGUACUUCGCCUCCGUGUCCGCGCACGUCUCGCUCUGGAGGGUCCCCGUGUCCUACGCGCACACAGUGAAAGCCACGAUGCCGAUCUGGGUGGUGCUGCUGUCACGGAUCAUCAUGAAGGAAAAGCAGACGACGAAGGUGUACCUGUCUCUGAUCCCCAUCAUCACUGGUGUCCUGCUGGCCACGGUCACAGAGCUGUCCUUUGACAUGUGGGGACUCAUCAGUGCACUUGCUGCUACCCUGUGCUUUUCACUUCAGAACAUCUUCUCAAAGAAGGUGUUGAGAGAUUCCAGAAUUCAUCACCUUCGGUUGCUGAACAUCCUGGGGUGCCACGCUGUGUUCUUCAUGAUCCCAACGUGGGUUCUGGUGGAUCUUUCUUCCUUCUUGGUAGAGAAUGACUUGAGCUCCAUGUCUCAUUGGUCCUGGACCUUAAUGCUGCUUAUAAUCAGUGGAUUCUGUAAUUUUGCCCAGAAUGUGAUUGCCUUCAGUAUCCUUAACCUGAUCAGCCCCCUGAGUUACUCAGUGGCCAAUGCCACCAAGAGGAUCAUGGUGAUCACCGUGUCCCUGAUCAUGCUGCGCAACCCCGUCACCAGCACCAACGUCCUGGGCAUGAUGACAGCCAUCCUGGGGGUCUUCCUGUACAACAAGACAAAAUACGACGCAAACCAAGAGGCAAAGAAGCAGCAGCUGCUCCCAGUGACCACUGGAGACCUGGUGAACCUGGAAAGGCACCGAAACCCCCCUGAGAAGUCCCAGAAUGGACUCGCAGCCUUUGGGGACUUCCAGUACGGCCGCAGCAACCUCCUGACAGAGCACUUCCAGCACAGCAGGCAGAGCUACCCAGCAGCCUACAACCUGAACCGUUUUGAUAUUUAGGAUCCUGGCAGACAGGUACAGACUGUGAUAUCAAAGUGUCCCCAGCAUUAUCAGCAAACUUUCAGUACAUCCAUGAAUGUCACCACGCCAUUGAACUGUGUGGGUUUGGCAGCGGGGCAGGUGCAUGUGGAGGGGAGUGGUGCAGGACCUGCAGCUGCUGCUGGGCAGAGCUUUAAACCUGGGACAGGCAGACCUGACACUGGAACCAAACCCACAGAGCAGAUCCUGGUGAGGUGCACGUGUCACUGCACAGUGGAACAUCUGUCUCUGCUCCUUUCAGAGUCUGCCAGCUCCUUGUUCUCUUGGCAGCUGAAUUCUGGCCAGUAUCUCCUUUCCAUGCUGGUAAUGUCACCUUUAACUUGUUCUCUGAUAACGGUUCAAUGAUCCUUUUAAUGAAGCUUUCAGGAAGAAAUGAAAGCAAGGGGUACUUGUGCUGAUCAGGGUUGACUGAGGUGGAUCAGCUGCAGGCAGGUAAACUCGAGUUCAUCUCCAGCAUCUGUGCAACUUCUUGUGGAUAUUCACAACUCUUGUGCCUCUGCCUUCAGCCCUGGAUGACAAAGCAGAAGUGUUUCUGGAGGAGCAGGCAGUGGAAGGAUUGAUCUCUCCCAGAACUGCUUCAGGAAAAACACAGUUCUCCAAAUCACUGCUCGUGGCAGAGAACGACCAAGCCCAACCUGAAAUCAUCAUUGUUUUCUGAAUCAUGUAGUCCUGUAACUCCAGACAUUGCUAUCCCCUGGCCAUGCAGGAAACUCCUUCACAAAUAAAAGUGUUUGGAAUAAUAUGAUUUUAUUUUUUUACUUGCUUCACACCUGUUCUUUCAAAACUGUUUUGUUGCUUUAGAAACUGAAAGGUGAAAGGUGUUUUGUUCUCAGUUUUAUGCAUAAAUUAUGCUCUCUUAUAUGAGUUAUAUAUUUUGAAUGCAUUGAUUUGAACAAUCAUCAUUAUUAAUUGUUUCUUAAAUCUUUUUAGCCCCUAAUUGUUUGGGGUUUUUAAAUUUCUUAAUUACUGGUGUUGGAGUAGCUGUGUGGAUUUAGCCUGACUUCCACUUCCUGCUGAAAGAAGUUAAAUUUUGUAUCCUGUGCUGUUCCUGCAACUCCCCUGGCUCGAAUAGGAAAUGAAAAAACUGUUUGAAUCAGCAGUAAAUAGAUAAUUUAUGGUUAAGAACUGAUCCAGUGUCAGUUCUAGACAAGGUGAUUGUGUACUGCAUUUGUGCAUGGAAGGGAUGAAACCUGGCUUUCCUUCCCUUGAAUUAAAUUCCUUGGAAUGAAGUGAAACCCAUCCUGGAACUUGGAUUUCACUGAAUCAGAAUUUUCUGUCAUUGCUUUAGUAAAAGAUUUUAGGGGCCUUCUUUCCUUCCCAGACUGUUGUACAGUGAGACUUUGACAGCAUAAGUUUUAUGCUUUUAACCAGAGAGGUACCAGACACCAGUGACAAAACCCAGGGUGUGUCACAGAACACUCCUCUUAUUUAUUGCUUUAAAAUGACCAUUUCCAUGAUGUGAGAUGAUGAUUUGGCUCCUUUCUGGAUAAUAAAGAAUUUAUUUUUAAGUGCAA